AUGAAGUCCACCAUCUUCUUUGCCUUUUCUCUGCUCCUGAUCCUUGAGAAGCAAGCAGCUGUGCUGGGAUUCAGUGGUGGAUCCCAAGGCCAAUUACCUGUCCAAAAUGGACUCUUAGUAUAUGACGAGGAUCAAAAUGAGUCAGAAUAUCCUAAUCAAGAUCAAGGGUAUGGUCAAUAUGAAUAUGAGGUGCCAGAGGGAAAUUGCAAAACAGAACAGAAGAAAGAAAAAGAG